UCUCACCCAAUACGCAUGCGCCAAACAUUCGGUCAUUGGCGCUGUAGCUAACAGCGAAGCUACAACAUGGAGAGAAAAGUUUUGGCUCUUCAGGCGAGGAAAAAGAGGGUCAAAGCCAAGAAGACCUGCAAAAAGCAGCAGGCAAAUCCCAGAAGUCGUCAGCAGGCCCAACAUGAAGCUUCGCCUCAGGAACCUGAAGAACCCGAGGAGAUUCUGGGCUCUGACGAUGAAGAGCAGGAGGAUCCCAACGACUAUUGCAAAGGCGGCUACCAUCAUGUAAAAGUAGGUGACCUUUACAAUGGAAAGUAUCAUGUCAUUCGGAAACUGGGCUGGGGACACUUCUCCACCGUGUGGCUCGCCUGGGACAUCCAGAUGAAGAGAUUUGUUGCAAUGAAAGUGGUCAAAAGUGCAGAACACUACACAGAAACUGCCGUGGAUGAGAUCAAACUUCUCAAGUCUGUGAGAAACUCAGACCCCGACGAUCCUAAACGGGAGAUGGUGGUCCAGAUGUUGGACGACUUUAAGAUUUCCGGCGUCAAUGGAACUCAUGUCUGCAUGGUAUUUGAGGUUUUGGGGCAUCACUUAUUGAAGUGGAUCAUCAAAUCCAAUUACCAGGGUUUGCCUCUACCCUGUGUAAAGAGCAUCAUUAGACAGGUUCUUCAGGGCCUCGACUAUUUGCACACAAAAUGUCAGAUCAUCCACACAGACAUCAAGCCGGAGAAUAUCCUGAUGAGCGUUGACGAGCCGUACGUCCGCAAGCUGGCGGCAGAAGCUACGGAAUGGCAGCGGACGGGAGCGCCGCCUCCCUCGGGCUCAGCAAUUAGCACUGCACCUGCUCCAAAACAGACUGUAAAAAUGUCCAAAAACAAGAAGAAGAAGUUAAAAAAGAAACAAAAGCGACAGGCGGCGUUGCUGGAAAAGUGCAUCAUGGACCUGGAGGAGAUGGAGAAGAUCACGGAGACUCGAGAGGAAGACGACGAGGUGGACGAGGAGCCCGAAUCUCCAAAGGGCCGGGCCUGUGCUCCUCUGAAGCACAUGCCUCUGCAGGAUGUGGGGAACCAAGACGCACAAGAGAGCGGCGUGAAUGUAGACGGGUUGGCCGAGCUGAACUGUAAUGGACAUGCCGAGUCGGAGCAGAGACUACCCCGGUGGAGGGAGGAAGACCAACAUAAUGGAAACGUUGCAGAGAAGAAACACCACACCAUCUCAAACGGCUUGGACCUCAAGGAGGAGCUACGCACUGACAUUGAAGGGGCACACUGCAGCGGGGUGUCUGCCAGGCAGGUGUCUGCCGGGCUGGGGGAGGAACCGGGGGAGAACAUUUGUCAAGAGCGGGAACACGAUGGAAGUGAGGAAAAUCUGCAAAAUGGCAAGCAAACGGCGGGAUCCCUGCUCGUCAACCCCCUUGAGCCAAUCAACGCAGACAAGAUCAAGGUCAAGAUUGCAGACCUGGGAAAUGCCUGCUGGGUGCACAAGCACUUUACAGAAGACAUCCAGACCCGGCAGUACCGCUCCUUAGAGGUACUCAUUGGCGCCGGUUACAGCACACCGGCGGAUAUCUGGAGUGCAGCCUGCAUGGCAUUUGAACUCGCCACAGGAGACUACUUAUUUGAACCACACUCUGGUGAAGAUUAUUCCAGAGAUGAAGAUCAUAUAGCGCUGAUCAUUGAGCUGCUGGGGAGUGUCCCACGUAAACUCAUAUUGAAUGGAAAAUAUUCCAAGGAUUUUUUCACCAAGAAAGGGGACUUAAAACACAUCACCAAGCUGAAACCGUGGGGCCUGCUGGAGGUGCUGGUUGACAAGUACGAGUGGCCCCGGCAAGAGGCCGAGUGCUUCGCCGACUUCCUGCUCCCCAUGCUGGAGCUGGUCCCCGACAAGAGAGCCACGGCGGCCGAGUGCCUGCGCCACCCUUGGCUGGCCCUCUAGUGGACCUCCAUCCCCUUCCACUCUCUCCGGAGAAUGCAACAGAUCACUUUCCACUUUGGGCAUAUCAUUGAAAUAUUUAUUUCUCUUGGUUGGCGUAUGUGUCGGUUCUUCUCUCAGCACGAUAGGGAUGUUCCUCAGUCGACUUGGACUGCCGUACCCAAUCCGUAGGGACCUGUUCUUCUUCCGCUAGUGUUUCCUUAUUUGUUCUACUCCUGCAGCAAAAGCAAACAUAGGAUAUGUAGCCAUGUCCCCACAACUUCAUUAGUGCUGUCUUUUUACCGGGUCUUUUAUCUUCUGUUCAACAUGUAUAAUGUACAUUUUUGUAUUUGUAAAGAAGGCUUAGGAAAUUGCACACGGGGCUGGCAUGUACACUGACUACGGUAACGUUCUUGCAGCAUUAUUCCAGGCAGACUUACGUGGGUGCUUGUCUGUUGAUGCACAAACAUAAUCAUCAUCAAAAUGUUAAUGCUGUGUCAUAGCUUAAGAAUAAUGAUAAUAAUAGAUGCAAUAAUUUGCGAAUCCCUUUCAACCUCUAUUCAUCGGAGAACAGUGCAAAUACAUGCGAAUAGGCUCGACUAAAAUUGUGCUUGUGCUGCUUUCACCUGAAUGUGUACUCGGAAAGGAUUUGCAAAUAUAUUUUUCCACACAACAAAGGUUUAUUUGGUGUUUUUAUUUAGCUACAGUGCAACCUAGAGUAGAAUCUUAUCUUUUUUUUUUUUUUUUAAAGGACGCUGGUGUUCUUUUAGAAAGGUAUUUCUCAAACUAUAUUGAGUCAAGGCACAUAUUUUAUAAUUAAUGUGAAAUUCACCACACACCACUAAACAAUUCUCUUUCUCACUAAAUGUCACUGCCAUAGAUUGUUGAGCAAAGAUGCAUUAUUUCUCGUAAAAUUCAGAAAGUUGGUCAGUUUAUUGGCAGUCAGUUGUGCUACAGUGACACAAUUCCGAAAUUAGUGUGCACCGGGAAGCCACAAAACAAAAAAACAAUGCCCAUGGAAAAGGAGGAAAAAUAAAAAAGUGAAAAUAGUUGUAAAUAUCUGUACCAAAGAAUAAAUAUAUAGUAUUAGUUACUAUGUACAGUUUCUAACAAAUCUUAUAUCUUGGCCAAAGUGAUUUAGCUGGGUAGCUGUGUUUUAAUAAAUGGACCGAAAAUG